AUGCACAUGUUGCUGCUGCUUCUGUUCGGAAUUUCAAGAUCCAGAGCUCAGAAAAAUAUUCAAAUACCUGAAAGUUUAUACGCAGCCAUAGUGAGCAGUUUCCCAGAUCAAAACAUUAUCUUCUCAACGGAUGUGAUACGAUCCAGUAUGCUGUUCAUCUAUGUUGGUGUGGAGAACGAUGAAGCCGAGGAAAUUCGAAAGGCUUUACGCUAUGAAAAAUCUUAUUUAUCUCAGUAUAAACCAGAUUCCAAGAAGAUCUUUGCUAUGAGAUUGCAAAAUGACACGAUAGCAAAGAGCCUUACAAGAUUCUACAUCCCCCUGGAUCUGAAAAUGUCUAAAAAUUAUAAAAGGUUCAUGCGACAUACUGAAGGGUCAGCUGAAGGUAUUAGUUUUACACCGGAAAAACUUAACGAGGUGAAUAAUUUGUACCGCAGGGAGAUGGGUGAUAAGAUUGGGAAGAUUGUCAAGAAAAGUUGGUGGAAAUCGACUAACCAAGGACUCCUCAUCAAUGCCAUGUUCUUUAACCUCACUUGGCAGCUUACCUUUAACGAAGAAGCCACCUAUCUCAGGGGCUUCCGAGUAAAUGAGAACAGAACCAUUAUGAUACCCAUGAUGCAUGAGGAUAGUCAGUUUGCUUUUGGCAACUUUACGGAUCUCAAUGCCACUGCCGUUCGCGUGCCUUUCUCCCAGGGCGGCUUAGGAAUGCUACUCAUAAAACCUGAUCGGCCAGAUGGUCUCUCCAAUUUGGAAAUAAAGCUGUCUGGCUUGGAUAUUAUACAAAUUUCUAAGAAUCUUCAAAUGAAUGAAGUUUUUGUGGUCAUGCCAAAGUUUAACCUUAGCUGUCAUUUAGAGCUAGCUCCAGUUUUUAAGAAGAUGGGUAUUAGGGGUAUAUUCAGCCCUAGUAAGUCAUUUUCUACGUUGCUUGAAAGGAAAACCGAAUUUCGGAUUGAUGGGGUUAACCAUGUGGUCAGUUUCGAGUUCAAGGAGCAAGGCAUUGGUCCGCCCCAAACUGAUGUUGGUAAUGGCAGUUUGACACACACUGUCAGCGAAGUGAAGUACUUUAUGGCCACUCAUCCAUUUGCUUUUUUUAUAAUCGAUCAGGAGUCCAUAUUCUUCGCUGGUCAUGUUACAUCUUUUUAG